CAUAAGGGGAAACGCCACGGGCGAGGCAGGGCACGAAAGAAAAAGCUCACAAUGACAGUCUUUCCUAUAUUUACACCAGUUAUUUACCCGAACACAGAAGGGCACACAGGCGGUCAUCACGGGAGCGGCACCAAAAACCCUGUCCUCUCCGCCCGCUCCCCAGCCACCCGCGUCAUUUCCAUGCUAAAACACGUUAACACGCGUUCGCACAGAGACAAAGAUCCUCUGGCGUAGCAGUAUAUAUACAUGACGAUGACACAGUUUGAAUGGAACGAUUGUGUUAAAUCCCGUGGUGAUGAUUUCUUUGCGCAAUUAUGUUGCCUGUGAUUCUUCGGUUCACUUGAAGCUUGAUAAGAUCUAAUAUAAAGCUUACAGUCUCUCGUCUCGUCCAAGCCGGUAGUGCCAUAGCGGCCUCUUCGACAUUGUUUGUACAACAAACUACUCAGGUUAUGGCUGAGUAGUUCUUGGUUUGGUUUGUGGUGGAAAGUUGCUCGUCUUUCCUAUAACAUCGAUUGAGGCCAGGUUAGAAAAGAAAGAAAUACAAGAUGGUGCGUGCUUGGUACAUGGACAGCAGUGACGAGGACCAGAGAAAUGAGCAUCACCUUUCCCCCCCAGAAUACGUGACCCUUGAGAAACUUCGUGCUGAUACUGGAGUUUUAUACUGGAAGUUGGAUGAGAAAAAUUUUGAACCUGAGCUUGAGAAGAUUAGAUCCAGCCGAAGCUACUGCUACUCAGAUGUCAUCGAAGUCUCACCAGAAAAGCUCCCGAGUUACGAAGAAAAGCUCAAAAACUUUUACGAGGAACACAUCCACACUGAUGAAGAAAUUCGUUUUGUCCUGGAAGGCUCUGGCUAUUUUGACAUUCGAGACAAGGAAGACAAGUGGAUCAGGAUUGAAGUGAUAGCUGGAGACCUCCUGAUUCUCCCAGCCGGAAUCUAUCACCGAUUCACCUUAGAUAAGAAGAACUAUAUCAAGGCCAUGAGACUGUUUGUCGGGGUUCCAGUAUGGACUCCGUACAACCGACCUGCUGAUGACAUGGACGCUCGCAAAGAGUAUGUAAAGAGGCAGAAAGUAGGCUUUACUGAGGAAUAAAGGCAGAAGAAAAGAAUCAGAUAUGAUGGGGCUUUCUUUGGAUGAUGUUGUUUUGUAAAUUUUGAAAUCUGGGAGGACUUUUGCAGAUUACUGUUCAUUGUUUCAUUGCUAUUUGGUAGCUUGUUGUUGAAAAUAGUACUGUUGAUAUAUUAUAUGACUAGUUUUCCUCUUUUUUACAUGUCUAAAGGCUGUAUGCAGUUUGUGCAAGUAUUUUUUUUAAUAUAUAUGUUAUGGUACAAGUGUAUCUGUAUUCAUUGUAAAGAAUUAGAUUAUUGAAUCUAGAGAUUGCUAUGAAGGAAAAUAUAUUGCUUAAAUAUAUCUGUUAAAUUUUAAAUUUACUGAAGACUGUAUAAUUCAGACUUGAAUUAUAAACUGUCACUUUUCAUGUUGAUUAAAUGGACAGAUUUUUUUUUUUUUAUGUUUCAUGAUUUGUUUUGUAAGUGAUUGGCCUGUUGUGAUAGAAUAUUGCCAUGCAUUCUUAUUGUUAUAUUGCUGACUUACAUAGAAUUCAAAUUCUAAAUGAAUAUUUUUGUAAUAUUGAAUUUCCAUUAUAUGAUACCCUGUGAAAUGUUAGUGUUUAUAUGACUUUGCAUGCAUAGGUUAUGAAAUUAAUUAUGAACCCUAUUAUUUUGAUAUUAAGCAACACAUCUAUGAAAGGAUAUUACAAAUAUUGAAUUAAAAUAUUUGAGAGACACUAACUUUUCCAGGUAUUAAGACAGCUAAAAAAUAUUAUAUGUAUUUCACAUUGUACAGUACAGAAGUUAAUGUACAGUAUUUUAUAAGAAGCAAAGGUAAUUAUGUUUUAUAUGGUAAUGUCUUCCAGUUAUUAAAUGUAUUUAUAUUUCUACAUUUAAUCCGUUAGAUUACACAUAACAUUAAUGAUAUGAUUAUCAAUCAUUCUCGUUUGAAUUUGUUUUCCAAAAGAGAAAUGCUGUAUAUUUUACGUUUUGAAAAUGUUGGAGAAUAUUUUGAAUAUCAGAUUUUAAAAAAAAAUUGUAUCAUAUGUAGUAUACAACAUUCGUGUCAUGAGUGGAAUAUUUUGUUGUUGUUUUUUGGAUUUAUUUUUGUAAAAUGUUUCUUGAUAAACAGGCAGUAUAUUGUUGAAUAAAGAAUGUCCAGGAUUUUUUUCAGUGACAUCUGUUACCUGUUC